AUGCAAGCCGAGCUGCAGAACCCGCUCUCCAACGACCCUCGCGGCGGGGUAAGCGCGGAGCUGCAGUUUUGCCAUAGUGCGCGGAGCCAUCCUGCCAGGACGGAUGAUGUGGCCGCCGCGGAGGUGAUCGUCCUGUGUCUGCAUCUGUGGCUCAACUCGCUCGUGGGGGACUGCGCCAACUCUACAGCUCUGAGCCGCGCACGGCCAGUCAUCUCGGCGGCAAAGCAGACCCUCCGCACGCGCGGCGUUCCCCAUGUAAUGUUUGGCGCGACUGAGUACACCACCACGGCGUACAAGGCGCACGAGUCGCCCUUCACUGCCCUGAGCGACUGGCUGGUCCUCGCCUCUGCGUCCCACUGGCCAAGCAUCGCACCGCACCGGAUGGCUAUUCCCUACGCCACCGUCGCCGAGCUGUCGCUGGUGCGCUCAUCGCUACUGCAUCCAGCCAAGCCGCAGCUCCUCUACUUUCGCGGGUCUGGUGGCUUCGGCGUGCUGCGCCGUAACCUGACUGCGCUGAGCCGCUUCGAGCGCGUGCACAUCUCCCUCGGGGAGGACUACUGCCCUCGCUGCUCCGCCAGCGAGGUAUCCUACGCCGAGGCGAUGCAGUCAUCAACCUUCUGCCUGGCGCCUUCUGGUCACACCUGCACAACUCGUCGCUUCUUCGAUGCUAUCGCGGCGGGCUGCGUGCCUGUGGUCAUCGACUGCGAGCAGCAAGCGCUGCCCUUUGAGUCGCAGCUCGAUUAUGGCCGCUUCAUGCUCUUCUAUCCGUUUGCCCGCAUGAUGUCGGACCUCGAAGCCUUUGUGGGGUGUCUGCGCAAACUCGAGGCCAACCCAACGCGAAUGCGAGAGUUGCGCGCCGCGUUGCAGCGCGCGCGCGAGGCGUUGGUCUACUCUUGGCUGCCAAGAUCGUACAACGCCUCGGCAGACGUCCUGCACAGCGGGUGGGACCGCACUGAGCCGAGCGCCCUCACCGGCUACCUCCUAAGAGAGGCUAUCAACACGACCAGCGGCGCUGCCCCCAAGCGCCCGAGACACGUCAGGGAGCGGGACGCAGGCUAUUUGCCGCGCUUGGGAACGGUCAACCGAACGGAUUUUUGCUCUUAA